GUAAUAAUCAAAAUAAACAGCAAGUUGGGUUUGGGAUUGGGGGUAAACCGGUGAUAGCAAGUUACUUAAUUUAGUUAUUUUACAUUCAUUAAUCGCACAUAUUAUUAAAUGUUUAAAAGAUCAAAUAAUGAGUAGAUUAUAAUCCAGGAGAAUCGAUUAUUACUUUUAUUUUUGUUCGUAGGAGUUUGUGUCUGCUUGCCUUAUCUCCAUCUGCAAGUCAAGCGUUCAUGCAUCUGAAAAAUUUUCAAUUGUAUUAAGUAUCCUUUAAUAGCUUUGGAACAUCUCCCUCGUAAUCUCCAACAGUCUUGUCAUUCACUAUGCAUCCAAUUGUUUUCCCUUUGUGUAGCUAAAAUUCAGACUUUUUUUUGUCAUCAUUGGAAACCCAUAUUUUAAACAUGUCCUGCAACUACGCUGACGGCCUUUCUCCUUAUGAUAACAAAGGAAAAUUGGGACUCAGUGAAGAAUUUGACUCAGAGGAGGAAGUGAACAGGAAAGUUGACAUAUUAGCGGAAUGGAUUCAGAACAGUAACCAUGUUGUUGUCCAUACUGGUGCUGGAAUCAGUACCUCUGCUGGGAUUCCAGAUUUCAGGGGCCCCAAUGGGGUAUGGACUUUAGAAGCGAAAGGACUAAAACCAAGUAUUAACAUUUCCUUUGAUGAUGCUGUACCGACAAAGACACACAUGGCUUUAAGGAAGAUGAUUGAUUUGGGUAAGAUUCAUUUUAUUGUCAGUCAAAAUAUUGAUGGGCUUCAUUUAAAGUCAGGAGUUCCUCGCAAAUAUUUAUCGGAACUGCAUGGAAAUAUGUUUAUAGAGCAGUGUAAUCAUUGCCACAGACAAUUCGUUCGAAAAACUGCUACCACCUCUGUUGGCCAGAAAAAUCUUCAAAUAAAGUGUCCUGGUCUUCGACUGAAUGGACGACCAUGUCGAGGUGACUUGCAUGAUGUUAUUUUAGAUUGGGAACACAAUCUACCUGAGAAGGAUUUAGGGCUUGCUGAUUUUCAUUCAUGUUUAGCUGAUCUCAGCAUCUGUCUGGGAACAACUCUGCAAAUCAUACCCAGUGGAACUUUACCUCUUAAUACAAAAAAAUUCAAUAAUGGUCGGCUUGUUAUCUGUAAUCUUCAGCCAACAAAAUACGACAAGAAAGCCAAUCUGGUCAUCCACACUUAUGUAGACGAUAUCAUGAUUAAACUGAUGAAGAAAUUUAAUGUGCCAAUUCCAGACUACAACCCUGAACUAGAUCCAACAAAAGGCUCAGAAAAAAGUGAAUGGACGAUUCCGGAAAGUGAAGUGAAAUUAAUGCGAAAGUUGUAUGAGGAAAAAUGUUGUAAAAGCAAACGUAAAAAAAUAAAGUUGGAAAAAUCAAAGGAUGAAGAUACAGAGACUGUUGAGCAUAAACCAGAUAUCCAGAGAGAAAAUGGAAAUUUUAGUCAACUGAAUCAAAGAGAAUUAUUAGAUUUCAUCAAGUCAGAAUCCAAAGAAGGAUUAAAACAUGAGAGCAUAAAAUUAGAGCAGACCAACGAACAAGAAAUAUUAGAGAAAAAAUUGACCUCUAUUAAAAGUGAAGUUGUCACAGAGGAAGGAACGAAUGAUUUAAAUGUUAUAAGAGAUUACAAUAAUGUAGUCUCUGACAUUAAUAAUGUUGAGAAUAGGGCUAAUGACAAUGGAGAGAAAGAAUUACUUAAUCAGACUGAAUGUAGUGAAAACUUUGUCCCGGAGCUCAAGGCAUCGGACAGCAAGUCUCAAGUAGUGGAACAAAACUUGAUUGUCAACUAGGAAUAUGGAUCAAAAAGACUGUUCACAUCAGGCCUUGUCCUUUUGAGCGCAGUUCGCAGAACUUCAGGCGAACCUGUUCUGGGAACUUAUUGUAACUUCACUAUACUUACUCCAUGGAUCCCUAGUUGAAGUAAUUCUCAUUGUAUUGUGUAAAUGUAGUGGAAGUCCAGGAGUUUCUGAAAUCCGUAAAGAGGGAAUCUCGGGGGUUUGUGCGGGAAGGAUGGCAACCAAUAGAGACUGUUGUCUUACAUCCCAUUUUCGUAAUUUUUCUAUGCUAGGUACAUUUAAUUUCAACAGUAAAAGGUCCUUUCAUUUCUUGCUAACCUGGAUGGUUUUAUGUUUCUUCCUUGCUUGGAAUUGAAAUUAAAAAUUCUAAAAUGGUUUUCAAAAAGAAAUUCCUUAUUCUUUAAAAGAAUUUUAAAAUCAAAUAUUGGGAAGGUGGAGUAAAAUGCUGCACCUAUUUUUUGCCUUUGGCUUUUUACCAUAUUUAUAUGAACUGUACAAUGUGUAACCUACCCGGACAGUGAGCCGUUCUGAGGACCCAUCAUUUGUUUACUAAUGUAAGGAAAAAGACUUGGACUUGUGUGAGAAAGACAUUUGUAAAUACUGUAAGUACAAUAAAAUAUAUACGUUUUUCAUAACUUA